AUGCUGGGUGCGGGUGUACAGCUGCCAUUGCGGCUUCGCUCGAGAUUUGCUGUCUCCUCUUUGAUACGGGGUGUGCGCACACCAUCGCCAUGGACGCGAUCGGCUGCAUCUUCGCGGCAUUUUCAUCGUCCGGCUUGUCUCCGAGAGCAGCAGGUUGCGGAGAUUCCUAGCUUUCUAGAGGCUUAUAAGAAAGCAGUGGAAUUCCCGCCAGCCACUCACGACUUUGAGUCUUUUCUCUCGCAGGCCGAGCCGAACACCCAGGUUGUGUUGCACGGAUAUCUCGGUCAUAGAGCUGAUCUUUCUAAGAAGCUCUCAUUCGUGCGUCUGACAGAUCCUACAAUGAAAUAUCACUUGCAGAUUGUCGCAUUUGCCAAAAAUGAAGCAUUUGAGAAACUCAAAACUCUCAACGCCCACAGUCCUGUCGCGGUAGCUGGAACAGUGCAAAAGAAGAAAGGAAAGCCUAGCGAUGACGCAAACAAGCCCGCCGAAGAUACCUGGGAGCUUGCAUUGGAGGAUAUUCAUCCUCUGAAUGACUUUCCCAAAGAGAUCAUUAUGACGCCCGAGACUGUGUUCGCACCCGAACACCGGUAUCUACAGCUUCGUUCGGAUGCUGAGCUGCGGGAAGCUCUAAAGUUCAGAGCUAAGGUACAUAAUGCUUGUAAAGAGGAGCUGGAGAAAUGCCAGCCUUCUUUCGUGGAGAUUGAGACCCCAUUGUUAUUUAAAUCAACACCAGAGGGAGCACGCGAGUUCUUGGUUCCUACUCGCCGAGCUGGCCUGGCUUAUGCCUUGCCUCAAAGCCCGCAACAGUAUAAACAGAUCCUGAUGGCUAGCGGAUUGCCGCGUUAUUUCCAGUUUGCUCGAUGCUUCCGAGACGAGGAUCUUCGGGCUGAUCGCCAGCCUGAAUUCACACAGCUUGAUAUGGAAAUGUCUUUUGCGACCGGUAACGAUGUCAUGCGCACUAUUGAAGGAGUUAUCUGCCGACUCUGGUCGACUUUGAUGAAGGACCCUGCGCCAGAGGGUCCUUUCCGCAGAGUGCCGUAUCAAGAAGCCAUGGCUCGCUAUGGAUCUGACAAGCCAGACACCCGUUGCGGCAUGGAGAUCAUCCGGUUGGAUCAUCUACUACCUGUGGAUCUGGUCGGUAAGAUAUCCGACCUGAACGACCCCAUAGUGGAAGCUUUCAAGCUCGAGGGUAAUGAAAAUGACCCUGCUGAGACUCAUAAAUUCAUCACUCAAUUCCUUGACUCGCCUAUCGGUGCAUCUUUUAACGAUAACCCAGACGGAGGCCCGGGCGUCUUUGUUUAUAACGGGAAACAACCGCUGUGUGGACUACAGCCAUUUGGCUUCGAAGCUGCUGAGCAAGUUGAAGAACUCCUCGAUCCUGAUCAUGGCGAUCUGAUAAUUCUCCAAGCUCGUCCCCGCGCUCCCUUCUCGGGCGGAUCUACACCAAUCGGUGACUUACGUCGCGCAUUACAUAGUUCGGCCGUCUCAACAGGCUUCAAGCCAGCUCCCACCGGCUUUGAUUUCAUGUGGGUGGUUGACUUCCCGCUUUUCUCGCCUUCCUCCGACAGUGAACCCGGCCAGGGUGGUGCAGCCGGUAUCUCAUCUACUCACCACCCCUUCACUGCGCCCAAGACUGCAGCAGAUGUAGACCUCCUCAUGACAGAUCCAACACAGGCCGUCGCUGAUCAUUACGAUCUUGUCGUCAAUGGUGUCGAGCUUGGUGGUGGAAGUCGUCGUAUCCACGACGCGGCUGUUCAGGAAUUUAUCCUCCGUGAUAUUCUGCAAAUGCCAAAGGAGCGUCUAGCCGAUUUCUCACAUCUUCUUGAUGCUCUACGUGCGGGCUGUCCACCGCAUGCCGGCCUUGCUUUGGGCUUUGACCGCCUUGUUGCUGUAAUGCUAGGCAAGGAGUCUGUUAGAGAUGUUAUCGCUUUCCCGAAGACGGGUAAGGGUGGUGAUGAUGCUAUGGUUCGCGCACCUAGUCCUAUGACUGCCCAGGCCUUGGAGACAUAUCACCUUCAACUACGCAAGUAG